CCACCUCCCAUCCCCAGCGAAUUCUAGUCGCGGCAGGCAAAAUCAGUCACUAGUUUUUGCAUAAUAUUUAGUAUAAGUCAAGUUUUAAGGAUGUCCUGCUUUCGGUUAGCGACUGCCACAGCCCUUCCAGCAGGCAGCGGCAGCCGAGCUCUGCGCCUGCUAGCCAAUAGGCCACACAAGGAGCUAGCAUUCACUCGACGCCAGUUCGCAAAAGCGGUAGAAGGCGGCAGCGGUUCCAGAAAAACCAAUGGCACCUUCAAGUUGGGCCUGCUGGGGGCUGUGGUGGGAGCGGCCACAGGAUCCGUAUACACCUUCUACACCCGCUGGACGGACGGAAAUUCGCACAAGGAACACGAGGAGACGAAGCCGGCGCGCGUGGAUGGGUUACCGUCGGGGGUGCGGAUAACCAAGCGAUACGUUAAUCCCAAGGACACUUCCGGCCUCGACAUCGUCCUGUUCCAGUUCCAGACAUGUCCCUUCUGCUGCAAAGUGCGAGCUUUCCUCGACUACAUGGGCAUAUCUUAUUCUGUGGUCGAAGUGGACGCUGUUCUCCGGCAGGACAUCCGUUGGUCGUCGGUGAAGAAAGUGCCCAUGGUCCUCAUCCGCCAGCAGGACGGGCGAUAUGUCCAAAUGGUGGACUCCAGUGCUAUUGUAUCGCUGAUCGCCACCUAUCUACAGGACAAGCGCACAGACAUCGGAGAGCUGGCGCAGUUUUAUCCGCACACCUCAUUCUUCGACGACGAUGGGAAAAAGAAGCUGGACAUAUUGAAUAAAUACUUCCUUAUGUAUCGCGACCACACACCCAAGGGUGUGACAAAGGAGGCUGAGGAGCUCGAUCGCAAGUGGCGAACCUGGGCCGAUAACCAUCUAGUGCACCUGAUCUCACCAAAUUGCUACCAGACCAUGGGCGAAUCCUUGGAGACAUUCGAAUGGUUCUCUCAGGCCGGCGAAUGGGAUGUGUAUUUUCCCAAAUGGGAGCGCGACAUGAUGGUCUAUUGCGGCGCAACGGCCAUGUGGGCCAUUGCCAAGAUGCUGAAGCGGCGCCACAACCUAACCGACGAUGUUCGGUCGCAUAUGUACGACGCUUUAGAUCAGUGGACCGCAGAGCUGAAAAAGCGCAACACCAAAUUCAUGGGCGGCAAGCAGCCAAGCCUGGCGGAUCUCUCCGUGUUUGGCGUGCUCAGCAGCAUGGAGGGCUGUCAGACGUUCAAGGAUAGUCUGCAAAACACCAGCAUUGGCAAAUGGUUUUAUGAUGUCAAGGCGAUUGUGGAGAAAAACCGAGGACAGUUGGUCAGGGAACGGGUCGAGGGCAUUAAAGCAGUAGCUUAAGAAGACCAUCUGCACCAGUUUUAUCCAAAGAUUGUUUAAAAAACCCCACUGUUCAAUAAUAUAUAUACUUUUUAAUAAAUAAAUAAAAGGAAAACAAA